UAUAAUGCCCAUACUUGCAUUAGUCUGAGAAUUGUGUAAUGUAAUCUUGUGGUCUGUGGGCAGUCAGGUAACCAGUGUUUGUGGUAGCAGGAUAAAAUAAGACGGUGGGAAAAUGUUUUAAUGGUUGGAUGAACAUAAGACCCUAAACCACAUGAUGACAAGAUCAGUGGUCAUGUCUGGCAUUGCUUUGAGUCGACUUGCACAGGAGCGUAAGGCAUGGAGGAAAGACCAUCCUUUUGGCUUUGUUGCUGUACCCACUAAAAACCCAGAUGGUACGAUGAAUCUGAUGAAUUGGGAGUGUGCCAUUCCAGGGAAAAAGGGGACUCCAUGGGAAGGAGGUCUGUUUAAAUUAAGGAUGCUUUUCAAAGACGACUAUCCUUCAUCUCCUCCUAAAUGCAAAUUUGAGCCACCGUUGUUCCAUCCAAACGUAUAUCCAUCGGGAACUGUGUGUCUCUCCAUUCUAGAGGAGGACAAAGACUGGAGACCAGCCAUUACGAUCAAACAGAUUCUGUUGGGAAUCCAGGAGCUUUUAAAUGAGCCCAACAUUCAGGAUCCAGCCCAGGCUGAGGCCUACACCAUCUACUGUCAGAACAGAGUGGAGUACGAGAAGAGGGUCCGAGCACAAGCCAAAAAGUUCUCUCCUUCGUAGAUGAGGUGGUUGAAUGGAUGAUGGAGGAAUUGUGUUGGCGCUCCUAUUUACCUACUCCCCCGCCCGCCUCUCGCUGGGACUGAAAGGACUUAACGUGAUGUCUGUGCCAUCUGCCCCACCCCUAAUAGUAAUGUCACUCACAGGCCCACCCCUGUCAAGCCUCAGCAGGACUGUCCCUGCAUCCCACAACUCUCUUAAUGGCCAAUCAGAAACGGACCUCAUUCUUUCCAGUCGAAGUAACUAUGGACUGAAUGGAAACUAUUAACUUUCUGUGUAUGUGGUGUGUGUGCGUGCGUGCGUGCGUAUGAGCAUGUAUGUUUCUUAUUUUAAUGUCGUACUUCCCUUUGUUGAUCAUUUUUCCUCCAUAAUGCAGAAUGUGUCGAGUAGCUCGGGGAAGAUCUCUACAGCGUAAAACUGUGCGAGUGGAGCGGAGUUUUCCUCUCGUCCACUUUUUCCAUCUCGGUUGUUUUAAAUUGUUCCCACACAGUAAAAUUAGCUCUUAAGUCGCGACACUGGCGUUUCCACAGUGUCGCUCAGUACAGAGCGGCUUCCGCUCUAAAGCAUGCGAACGCUGGUUUCAGUUGCCUAAUUGUAAAUUUGGGAUCAUUGUAGGGUCAAACUUGCUCGUAUUCAUCAGGGUAGCUUUUUCAGUUUGUUCAUUUGUUAAUGAUGGGAACACGUGUCCUGCGCUCUUUGUUGGUUUAAUAAAGAUCUUUCUACAAAAAACAGGUCUUGAUCUAAUCAAACAACUUUCUCUGACGUUAGGCAUGAACAUCUUAGACCACUCAUGAAAAUGCUUAGAUUUUAUUAUUAUUAUUAUUCAAAUUAAAUAAAAAAAUUUUUAAAGUACAAA